GAGAGGGAGGGGGAGCCAGGGAGAGGGAGGGAGGAAGGGAUCGUUCUGUUGUCUGGAGCACGAAGCGGGGAACGGGAGGAAGACGGCGAGACCCGAGCGGCCCGGCUCCCGGGCUGCGGAGGAUGCUGGAUUGAAUCUGAGCCACCGACUGUCCGUGACUACAGCGCUGGCCCCGAGGAUGAACCGGCUGUGGUUGGCCGUCUCCGUGCUCCUGUCCCUGGGCUGCGAGCGUGCGACCGCCGGAUCACCUGGGGUGAGGCAGCACUGUGACUCCGGGGCCUGUAACCCCCGACUGGGCAACUUGGUAACAGCCAGACAGCUGAAGACCACCUCCACCUGCGGCGUCCGCUCCGCCGAGCUCUUCUGCUCCUACCCGAACCGGGGCUGCAAGGCCGAGGCCGAAUGCGACAAGUGUGUCUCGGGCGGGAGCCCCCGUCACUCCCAUCCGCCCUCCGCCAUGACCGACUCCUCGUUCCGCUUCCCCGCUACCUGGUGGCAGUCGUCCCAGGGCAGCCACAGGGAAACCAUCCAGUUAGACCUAGAGACACACUUCUACUUCACGCACCUCAUCAUGAUCUUCAAGUCCCCCAGGCCAGCUGCAAUGGUCCUGGAGAGAUCCCAAGACUUCGGUUUGACUUGGAAACCAUACAAGUAUUUUGCCCAGAACUGUAGUGACACCUUUGGACUGCCUGACGACGUCCAUUGGCCGGGGGCAAUUUGUACGUCCAGAUAUUCCAGUCCAUUCCCUUGUACCCGAGGAGAGGUAAGACCAUUACCGUAAUUAUCAUUGAUACAG